AGUAUUGCGCUAGCAUGCACUUUAUUUAGCGAAGGGCGGGAAAGUUUUACAAAGUUCAAAGUCAGAUUUUGGAAAUACUUUCCAUGCUCAAGUGGUGUCAUUGUUUUACUUAUUUUGAGGGAAAAGUUAAAAUAUCCUGUAAUUUUGUAAGGGAAAAUUAAGAAGAAAAGUGUCUUAAUAAAAGAUAUGUCUGAUGAAGAUAUCAAUAGGCACUUGAAGCCAGCUGCCAAUCCGGAAGGUAAAAAGAUUGGUAUUGCAACUUCAGUUGCUUACCUUACUGAAACCUUGAUAAAAAAAAUUACAAAGGAGGAGAGGCUUGACUUGAUAAAUUCUUUAACGAUCAAUUUGCCAAAAGACAAAUUGAACAAAAAAAUCAAGUUCAUUGAAAAUUUGGAGAAGCUGAAACGACUUAAAAUACUCAACUUGAGUCACAACAUGAUUGAAAAAAUACAGAAACUUGAAAGUCUUGUUGAACUUCGUGAACUUAACUUGUCUAAUAAUUUAAUUAAAAACAUCGAGGGUUUGGACAGUUUGGUCGUGUUAGAGGUUCUUGAUUUGAGUUGUAAUGGAAUCACGUGUAUUCCUCGUGCUGUGAUGAAGAAACUGCGAAGUCUUAAAGAACUUAAGUUGUCCGACAAUCAAGUUACAUCAUUGUUCGAGGUUACUAAAUUGCGAUGUCUUCAAGAUUUGACGACCUUGGACCUGCAAAGAAAUCCAGUCACCAAUCUUCCGCACUAUCGCGAGUUUAUCGUGUAUCAUUUACGUAGUCUGAACAUGCUAGAUGGUGAAGUUAUUAAGAAAGAAGAACGUCGACAGGCAGACUUGAGAUUUUCUCAAGAGGAGACCCAGAGAUUGGAAGUCGAGCUUGCUAAGCUCGAAAAACAGAAACUUAAUAUAGAAGAAGAGAAAAGCAAAGCAAAUGCCACCAUCGACGAUCUAUUGAAAGCGCAGUGUGAUGCAAAAGAAAGAGAGAAAUCACAAGCUGAAAAAAUUAACGAAUUAGAGCGAGAAAUAGAAGCGAAGAAUGCGUUGGUGAAAGCAAAGAAUGCUGAUUUGGUGAAAGCGUCGGAAAACCAAUACAGGUUGGAGCAAGAACUAGCCUUUUACAAGUUGGAUGAAAAAUUUGAACUGCUUGGACAAAUGCCUUUAGUCGAUGACGAGUCUGGUGAAAUAGAAGGCCUAGAUGACAGUGCGUACAUUGGCAAGGCGACCUACAGACGACAUCAAUUCCCUCGGCUCUUGAAAACUACUGGCUCUGUUGAACAGAAUGCACAAGUGGAUUCGCUCAGAAGAAAUUACGAAGCAUUGGAAAGAAACAAGGCCGAGCUUGAUAAGAUAUUGAAUGAGAAGAAUAAGGCGCUAAGACUGUUGAAUGUGGAGCUAGAAAAGAAAAAUGACGUGUUGCGUGAUGUCAGUGAUGAACUUGCUUUAGUAGAGCAAUCCCUUGAGAACAAGAAGAAAGCUUUGGAUGAUUUUGAUGGUCUUGCUCAGAAUCAACUCGCUGAUAAACUCGAAUUUAUUAACACUAUCCAAGGCGAAUGUGUAGACCUCGAGCGGGAAAUGAACGAAGCGAUACACAAUAUGCACAAGAAACAAGAUGAACUCAUGCAACUCGAGCGCGAGAGUAAUAAAAUAGACAAUGAUUUACAGAAAAAACAAUUGGAAGAUAUUAUAGCUGCUAAAACUGAUGAAGUGGCUCAAGAAGAGAAAGAAAUCAAUGGAUUGAAAUGGAAAUUAAUGUAUGCGUCUGCACAAAUCAAAGAAGAAGAGGGUAUGGUGGAAAAAAUGAAGAAGGAACUGGCUGAAGAAGUUGGGAAUGAAGUUCAAUCAUCCCGAAAAGCGGCUGAUGAGCACACGAUUCGCACUUUGAGAGAAAGUGGUGAAGAAAUUAGUAAGCGUAUAACGAAGCAGGAACACAAAAUACAAGAACUGCUGAAUAAUGUCAAUGAAUUGACUGGUCAACUUGCACAAGAGAAGGACAAACAGGAUAACCUGGAGCAAGAAUUACAGUAUGCGCUUGUGGCUUUAAAAAACGAGGAACAGAAAGCGGAAGAAGCUGAAGAAAGGGAGAACUCGUUGCGGAAUGAAUUGAAGGCUUUGGAAAAAAACAGCAAACUAGGAAUGAUUGAGGCCGAUGGAAAACUAAAACACGCCAGUAAAGAAAUUGCCCAACUUCAGGAAAAUAUAAAAAAAUUGAAUGCAAAACUUGAGAAAGAACGUGCAGCAUCGCAGUCUCAUAUUGAACAUAAUCAGAAAUUUGCUGCAAAAGAUGCAGAAAUUGCGAAGAAACUUGCGGACCAAGAAACAAAAAUCAAUCAUCUUAACUUACAAACUUCUGCUUUACAGGCAACUAACGAAUCACUUAAGGACCGUCUUCACGAGUUGCAACAUACACUGGAUCAAGAACCAUCGGAUGGUUUAAAGGAUAAGGUUGUAUUUAGGUUGAAACAACUGCUUGCUGAUAUUGAAGGUGGGAAGAUCGUUGAAAGACAGUCUGUUGAUGAAGAAGACGCUGUUGGCGUUUGUCUUGUUAAUUUGCGUGAAAAAUAUGCAGACUUAAUGCAAGAUUUAAACCAAGAAAAGGGAAAACGAAAAAACGCUAGACAUGAGGCAAAAUCUGUUAUUGAAGAGUUGCUGUCUGAUCUACGUCGAAUUAAUGACGAGUUAGAAUCGAAGUCAAGUCAACUGAGAGAUUUACAGAAGACAACAUCACGGGAUCGAAUUUUGAAAGACGAAAAUGAAAAUUUACGACAUCAAUUACAUAGAUCUAAAGAAAAAAACCGAGAUCUCCGAUUUCAAAUGAAUGAGUUGGCAGGUUUGGAUGCAUUUGAGCGCAAGAAUUUUGUAACUGAAAUGGACUUACUGCAAGAUGAAAUCAGUGAACUUCAAGAGCAACAUCUUAAAGAGAUCAACAAGAAAGAUGCAAAAAUUGUUGACUUGGAAGCUCAGCUAUCUGAAGCUAUGAAGGCUGGCGACCUUAGAGAUCAGGUCCAUCAAGAUCUUGAAAAAAUCAAACGCAAACUCUCAGAAAGACUUGAAGCUGAAGAGAAAGCGAAAGCUGCCAAGAAUGAGCAUGACAUUGAGAGAUCUCGAAGACUAAUGGAAGAAAGUCGAAAAAGAAUCGAGGCAGACAUCAGACAUGCUGAAGACAAAAUACAAUCUGUGGAGAAUUUAUUGAAUGAAACAAUACAAAAUAAUGACGCUGUCCGGCCAGUACAUCAAAUAACACAUCAUAUAUAUUCUCCAGGUAGUCAUGGUGAUCAUGUGCGCUACCAGGACAAUAGCAGUGCCGCUCCAGUAAUACCACGUUCUAUAGAGUCAAAGAACAUAGCUAAUCAACCCUUGGCCGGUAACUUGAGCGAAGUUCAUCAUCACUAUGGUAACGUACUUCGAGAAUCGAAGGCUCAACCAAUUAGAGUAUCUCCUGAAGUGAUCAAUUAUCAUCAUGGUGACAUAGCUAGCGAGUCGAAGUAUCAACCAAUCAAUGUAUCAGCUUUUUCUCCUCCUGAAGUUAUUUGUCAUCAUCACUAUGACGACGGUGUAUCAUUACCGGCAGAAACGAACAGAAGAUUUGAAACAAACGUUAGCGAGAUACAUAGACAUCAUCACUAUGGAAGCGGCAAUCAUACGAUACAGUUUAAAAAAUUGAAAAACUCACAUAAAAGGGAGCACUGCAAUGUUCCUGAACACGAUGAAUUGGAGGAAGACGUCCUAUCCCUUGAAGAAAGACUGGCUAUAACCCAAAGUAAAUUGUCUUCUCAAAUAACUGAGAACAAGUUGAACACAUUGAGGUCUGAUCUACAAAACCUAGAAAACACGGUUUCCCACUCGUUGAGAGAAAAAUCAAAUGCAAAAACCGUCGAAUCUCACCUUGAUGGAGCUCUUGCGAGACUACAGGAUCACAUGUUGACAUUGAUUGAUCAUCGCGCAAAUCUUUUAUCAUCUCGUGAAAAACCAUAACUCAUGAAUGAUAUCUCUGCCCUACCUAAUUUAAAAGGUCUACACUGUUCAUGGUUGGGUCGGUGUUGGUGGGUACGCUGUAUAAGAAGGUAAAUUACAAAGAUUGCUACAACUAGAUGAUGUCGACUUGACUUUGGCAUAAUGUCUUGGGUUUCUUCGUGUUACUGUAAUAUCCUAUAUCAUUUUUUCAAAACGUUACAAUUUCGAAGAAAUGCCUCGUUUUUAUACGUAGCCGGGGGAGGGAUAAUAGUGAAAUUGAAAUCAGACAAAGUGAAACAUUUGAAAAUGCCUAAUGAAAAUGCAAUAACUUGUUCCUAUGUUACUUUAUUAAAAUAGAUAUAAUUUUACAUGAACAUUACGUUCUGGGAUUUUUAAGUCAUAGAACGGAUUGAUGUGGAAAUAAUUAAAGAGCAAAUUGUAAUUAUAAAUUAUUGAAAUCCAGUAAA